AUGGCUCCGAAACAGGCCAAACUCGGGUAUGUCAGACCUUCGCAGCGGACACUCGGCAACUUCUUUGCGGGUCCUGGAGGUGCUAAAGCGCCUGCACAACAGUCCAAGUUGACGUUCUCGACUAAGCAACAGCCAAGUCCUCCAAGCGACGAAGAGCCUUCGACUACCAAAGAUGAAGACGACGAGAUGGACGGUGCAGAUACCGUCAAGGUCGAACCGAGCACUGAACAGGCGAUAAAGCGGGAGUCUGCAUCGCCGAAACGCCGGCGCACGUCACCCAAGGAGGACGAAGCUGAGGACGAUGAGGAUGAGCCUCCAGUGAAGCGGCAACGGCAUAAGCCUGCCUCGAAGAAAGGCACCGCCACAAAGAGCACCAGCUCGAGACCCCAUAGCAGUGCACAGGCGACUGUAGCGCUCAAGAAGGAGCAGGAGGAGGAGACUUCAGAUCCUGAGAUCAAAGCGGAGGUAGAGUCGGCGGGCGUUGAAUCUCUUACCAUCAACGGGACUGCAACCAAGGUCGACAAGCGCGGCGCCGAAGAGAGCAGUGCGGAAGAGGACGAAAAUGCGUCUGAAGAAGAGGAGGAAGAAGAGGAAGAGGAAAAGCCAGAGAUUGCAGCCAAGGCACGCGCAAAGGUGCAGAGCACACUCAAAUCGACUGGCAAAGACGCAUAUCCAGAUUGGAAAGCUGGAGAUCCAGUACCAUUCGCUGCACUUUGCACCACUUUCUCCAAAAUUGAGAUGACAACAAAACGAUUGGAGAUCAUCGCACUAUGCUCGCUCUUCCUCCGACAGGUUGCUCGACUCACACCACUAGACCUGCAACCGACCGUGUUGUUAAUGACUGGCAAGCUAGCCGCCGAUUUCGCCGGCAUAGAAUUGGGAAUUGGCGAGUCUUUGAUCAUGAAAGCCAUUGGUGAGACUACCGGCCGAAGUCUCAAAAUCAUCAAGGAAGAUCAGCAAAAGAUCGGAGACCUUGGCUUAGUCGCGGCGAAAAGUCGACAGAAUCAGCCUACCAUGUUCAAACCUAAGGCUUUGACUGUGCGCGGCGUUCACGAAGGCCUCAUGAAAAUCGCUACGGUUGAGGGCACUGGCUCUCAAGGACGCAAAGUGGAUGGAAUCAAGAAACUGCUGGCUUCCGCAGAUGUGCAUCUCGCCAAGGGCCAGACGAUCGAUAUCACAAAGGAGAAAGGUGGUCCUAGUGAAUCCAAGUUCAUAAUCAGGGCGCUUGAGGGCAAAAUGCGUCUUGGCCUUGCCGACAAGACUCUCCAGGUCGCACUCGCACACGCCAUGGUCGCGCAUGCCGUGGGGCAAGACGGCAAGAAGGCACCGACAGAAGAAGAGUUGAAGAGAGGCGAGGAGGUCUUCAAAGCAGUGUACAAUGAAUUACCAGCAUAUGAGGUCAUUGUUCCGGCAUUGCUUGCAAACGGGAUUUGGAAGCUUCGGGAUUCUUUAAAACUGCAGCCUGGCGUGCCACUAAAGCCUAUGUUGGCAAAACCGACAAAAUCCAUCGGCGAGGUCCUCGACCGCUUUGAAGGGAAGGAUUUUACUUGCGAGUACAAGUACGACGGCGAACGAGCACAAAUACAUUUCGUGGCCCACGAAGCCGACCAAGAAUUCGCUGCUGUUAAGGCUCCCGAGGCGGGCAAAUCCGAUCGUGGAAUUGCCAACAUUUUCUCGCGAAACAGUGAAGACUUGAGCAAGAAAUAUCCUGAUAUUCUUGCGAAACUGCCUACCUGGGUCAAAACGGGUACCAAGAGUUUCGUACUUGAUUGUGAGACUGUAGCCUGGGACACGGAGCAGAAGAAAGUGUUGCCGUUCCAGCAACUCAUGACUCGCAAGAAGAAAGACGUCAAAGUCGAAGAUGUCAAAGUGAAGGUUUGCGUCUUUGCUUUCGAUCUGCUCUAUCUCAACGGAGAAGCUUUGGUCAACAAACCUUUCCGACAACGACGCGAUCACAUGUACGAAGCAUUCGAAGAGGUCGAGGGAGAAUUCACAUUUGCCAAAUAUGGCAAUUCACAGAACGUCGAUGAAAUCCAACUCCUGCUGGAAGAAUCAAUUAAAGCCUCCUGCGAAGGUCUCAUGGUGAAGAUGCUGGACGGUGUCGAAUCACACUACGAGCCUUCCCGUCGCUCCCAGAACUGGCUCAAGGUAAAGAAAGAUUACCUCGCCGGCGCUGGCGACUCCCUGGACCUCGUUGUGCUCGGCGCCUACUACGGCCGAGGUAAGCGCACCAAUUGGUAUGGCGCUUUCCUCCUCGCCUGCUACAAUCCCAAGACAGAGAAGUACGAAUCCGUCUGCAAUAUCGGCACUGGCUUCUCUGAAGCCCUCCUCGCCGAACUCCACGAGACCCUCUCUCCACUCGUCAUUGACCGAGCCAAACCCUUCUAUGACCAUCCCACUGGCAAGAACGAGCAGCCGGACGUCUGGUUCGAGCCGCGGUUCGUAUGGGAGGUCAAGACGGCCGAUCUGACACUGUCUCCACGUUAUCGUGCUGCCGCAGCUGAGAUGAGCGGCGGCGGAGCGGCUGAUCCGGCGCACAAGGGUAUCAGUCUGCGCUUCCCACGCUUGAUCCGCGUGCGUGAUGAUAAGAAGCCGGAGGACGCGACGAGUAGUCGGCAAGUGGCGGAGAUGUAUCGGAAGCAGGACUCUGUUGCAAAGGACUCGAAGCCGUCGGUCGAUGAUGAUUUUGAUUAUUGA